AUGGGGAGAGAAAGAUGGGGGCGCGCGCACUCCGCUCGCCGUCCUCCUCCUCCCGCGCGCGCCGACCCCACCUCGCGCGCGAGAGCCAGGAGGAGGGGACCGUCACCGGAGACGCCCAGGGCAGGGGCGGCGAGGGUGUGUCAGGUACGGCCGAGCUGCGCCCGUCCACGCUGCCCUGGCGGCGCGCUCCUCCGGGAGGAGCCCCGAAGCUGCCCUCCCGGAGCUUCCGAGGGGUCGGCUGCUGGGCGGGAGCGGAGAGGGGCGCAGGUCGCCAACGGGCCGCCCUGCCACAGCCGCGGGUUCUCAAGGGCGUUGGUGGCUCCACCAGCUCGCCCGCCCGACCUCCCGCCGCCUCAGACCCCAAACGUCAUUAUCUCCCCUUCUUGCUUUGGAUCUUCUGAAUUCCUGCAGUUGGGACAGCUCACGCAGAGCAAACUGACUUGCUAUGAAGUGUCGGCAACAGAGUGAGAGCACAUGGGUGAGAAACCUCCAACCCAGACAACAGAGCAGAGUGCUGUUAAACACUUUCUCACCCUUGAAGUGAUCACACACGUUCCGACAAGUGGCAGCCUCGCGGCUGCACGCUUGCUAGCCUCCUCCUUGCCUCCCUCCAUCUCCGGGCUUUGCGGCUUGUAAUCCUCUCUCAGCCUCUGAGAGGCCUGAGCAUCUUGGCCUUUACCUCGUCCUCUGGAAAGUCUUAAUAAGCGACUCUAGCGAUGUCUGCCAGCUUCUGUUUUGCUGUUUGUCUUCACAACCACAAAGCCGACCACUUGGUCCUUCCGUGCUGCUCCCAAGCCCCUGUGCUUUGAAUCCUCUGGGAGCUGGAAGAGUGUCAGGAAGGGAGGAGGUGCUGAGAACCUCUCUUCCUCAGGAGUCAAGCUGCUUGAUUCUUUUUCUUCUGCAGUGACUGGCAGUGAUCUUGUUGGAAAUCUCGGCUGUGGAAAAUGCUUUCACCAAGGGAUCUUGAGACUGCGUUGUUCCGAUAAGUUUUUGGAACCGUGGAGGGAACUGAGCUGACGUUCAUCUCGAAUCCAACAGAAGAGUUCUUCAAGUUAUUUAAUGUAUUUGUUUAGAGUCAAGGCCCUGUAGCCCUGACUGACCUGGAACUUGCUUUGUAGAUCAAGCUGAUUUGGAAUUCAAUAUCCACCUGCCUUUGCCUCUCAUUGCUGGGAUUAAAAGCAUGUGACACCAUG